CUGAUUCACACACGCAUCUCACGCACACACAUACUUAUACCAUGCGGCACCAACGGAUCCACCAUACAGACCAUCGCCCCACACACACACAUGGAUCCCACUGUCCGUCUGUAUCCCUCCUGAACGGACACAUUAAUUGCCGGCCAUAAAGCCAUCCGCAAUUCCUCCGAGCCGCUCACACAUGCACCACCAUUUCAGCGGCACACGGCUCGCUGCCUCACUGACGGAAAAACACCAAACACCCGACUCACAAAAUCUGCCGGACUGACCUUCAUUACACCUAAACGAAUGAACAUACGACGAGAAAACCUGACGGCCUGCCUGACAUCAGUCGAUCACAUCACACGUCUUGUUUGUCGAUGCCCUUGACGUCGAUGGCCGGCUUGGGCUCCUUCUUGCCCUCGACCCGCUCGAUGAUCUGCUUCUCGGCCUCCCUUUCCAGGAAUUCGUUGAGCCCUUUCGCCGUGUCGGCAAAGGCAUCACCGAGAUACUGAGCACCGUGGUUCUCGGCCCACUCGGCAGCCGCGCGGUAGAUCUGCUUCUUCUUGACCAACACCUCCAUCGCUGCACCGAUGUGACGAGGACAGAGAGAGAAAGGGCACAUGGAUUGACUGCAGCAGAGAUGGGGUGGGUGUGUCGGUGCCCACUACUUACAGGGAUUGGCCGAGUCGGCGUAGGUGUCGAAUAUCUUCUGCCAGGCGUCGCAGCGGCUCUGCCAGGCCCAGUAGCGACGCCUGGCGCGAUAAGGGUCGCCACUCUCGGCUACUUGGUACUUGUCAGGAUGGGCCGACAUAUCGGCCCACGCCUUGUUCAGCUCUCUCUCAGCUUGUUCGAACCUCUCAAUGGUCUGGGUCCCUGCACCCCACCACACAUGCACAGCCAUCGAUCUCUGCGUCAGUCGCACAUCUGCGGCCGUGUUUGUGUGUCGCUCGAUGACCGACCGUUGGGGUCAACUCGGCGCUGACGAAUUGCGAGGAUGUUGAUGAACAUUUCCCGGCGCCUCUCCAGCCUCUCGCCGAGCCCGAUGGAUGCAAAGUCCGAGUCAGUCCGGUUACGCCAGGCGUCGCCCGCCAUUGCCCAGUAGGUGUCCACCAGAUACCAACACAACGUUGCUGCAUGGACACACACACACAGACAGACAGACUCUCAGACAGACUCUCAGACAGACAGCCACUUUGAGUCUUCUAGCCAUUGGUGUAGAGCUGCUUCAUCAGCAUGUCCUUCAUCGCGUCGUCGCCGUCAGCACCAGCGCGGGCCUUCCAGGGUGGGUAGCCACGGUCGCUGUCACGAUCACCGAAGACCGACUCGACCACUGCAUCACACACAGACACACAGACACACACACAGAGAGAGAGAGAGAGAGAGAUGGACAGUCGCCCCUCAGACACGCACUGGCUGGUGGUCUCUUACGUGCCUCUGGGGAGCCCUCCUUCCCAUAGGGCAUCUCCUGCACACAGCCAUGACCAACACAAACACACAAACACAUCACACACACUCUUUGAACACAGAGGAGAUUCAAUCUUCAUAUUCUUUCUCACCCAUGCUGAGAGAAUCGUCACGUGAUCAGGGCGAUGCCGCCGCAGAUAGCCAUCACGGCGCAGCGGCCGAGGGGCAGGGGCAAGGAAGGCGCUCUUCGCCAGCUGCGACGAAUCAGCGAGAUCUGCGAGGAAGGCGAACAAGUGGAGAGCCGCCACCCACACAAACAUCCUUGGAGAAUGGGAGAUGAGGGACACGCGUUGCGAGCCGAGCUUGCCGAUCGUGCCGUUGCAGCAUUCCGCU